UAGGACCCAGGAGCGCUUUUUGUCCAGCACACGCGCAUUCCUGUCAUACCGCAGUGAAUGGAAGUGAUUGUUGUGAGUCCGUCAAACGCGCUCAGCGCUGCGAUCAGCUGCUGAGAGUCCCGGGACAUUCACUCUCAAAACAUAACCAAUCUGACAGAUUGAGAAAUCCGCGUCAAGAUCUCCGAGAAAUUUCUAAACAUAACUUUCAUCAUUUUUCUGCCUUCUUUUGUGAAGUUUCCUCAGAGGAGUCAAUGUAGCGGAAGAUGUGAUCAAAUAACAUGAUGCGUGACUCGUGUUUACCAGCUCUCAGCUGAAGCUGACAAAUCUGCGUUUUCCAAGCACUAGGGUUUCUAUGUUGGUGAUGUUCUGGUAACAUCAUCCAUUUCCUUGGUGCAUAUCCUUGCUACCUUUUGCCCACACGCUCAGCGGCAGACAUGCGUGUUUCUGAGGACGGCAUGUCGGGAACCAUGCUUCAGAGGCUUAUGCAAGAACAUCUGCAAUACGAAACAAGUGGAACCAGAGGAGGCUUACAAAACGAAAGCUCUCAGAUGCAAAGCAGUCCCAUGUCUACAGAGAACCUGCUCUUACAAGAGGAGGGUCAAGUAUCCCAUUUGUAUCAGCCUAUACUCCCACAGAGUCAGUCACGACAGGAACCUCAAGGUCAGGAGCAUCAAGUGGACAGCUGCUCCAUGGAGAAGAGCAGUGGAGUGGGUCAGGUUGCAGGUAGAACAGUCCAGACAAACCUGACUUUGCCUAGAUUUGAUACCCUUGAGCUUCCAUCUUAUGAGGAGGCUAAAACCCAGUCUCACCUGUACAGAGGACAACAGAGUCCAAUGAACACUAUGUCCCAAAACCUAGAAUACACCCACCAGAGUCUUCAAAAUUCAGACAUCCCAAACCAGACUCUUCCAAACAAUCUGCAACAAAAUCAGAACCUGGUCCUUCACAAGGAAGGCCAUGAAAACCUUGUCAACCAAAGUCAGCAGCAAGACAACCACGUCCAACAGACGCAACAGUUUUCAAUAGUGUCUGACAAACCCACAGGCUCACAAUCCUGUCCUCCGUCACUUUGCAAUGCACAUUCACUCUCCUCCCCUCCUUCCCUUUCAUCUUCUUCCACCUCUCUCUCCACGGUACCUGUGAAGGCCCGUGUGGAAGGUCGAGCGUGGGUCCAGCGAGGGAUAACUGCUGGUACAACUCUUCAGGAUGAAGGCCUGGCAGAAUUAAAACAGGGUCAUGUUCGUUCGCUCAGUGAAAGGCUCAUGCAACUCAGCUUAGAAUGCAAUGGAGCUAAGCAAAGUGGGGGACACUCCAGUUCUCCCUGCCCAGGAGACACUACUCUUUGUGGUGUUGAGAGUACAGCAAAUUCCCCCUCACCUAGCAAGACCUCUACAAUUACAUUUCUACCUCCACCACCACCCCUAACCUCACCACAAUUGGCUUUGGAACAAAGAGGUCCUCCCCCAGAAUAUCCUUUUAAGUUCAAGGUAAAAACAGUGCUUCCGGCAACAUUAAACUCCAACCCAAGGUCUCUGGAACAUGACCCCCUCUACAGUGACACCUUGACAGCAGCCGUGAUGGAGACAGUGCCACAUACAAAUGUAGCAAGGCAGCGGCCAAUAUCUCUAAGUGCUUCAUCACAGCACCAACAGCAGAACUGUCCCAUGUUCUCAGAGAGCUUUAUCCUGCCUUCUCAGGCUUCUCAAUGGCCAUAUCAGCCUGUAUCUCUGUCACAGUCUCCGGGAUUUCCUGCAGCUCAGACUGGAUCUGUGAUACAGGGACUGUCUCUACGUGAGGCCCCUUUAGGACAGCCUUUCCCAGGGGAAGCAUUUGCCAUGGUGAGCCAUGCACAGCAGAUGCUGGAGAUCUUAAAAGAGGAGAACCAAAGCCUUAGACAAGAGCUUCACAAGCAAAAUGAAAAAGCCGGCAAACUACAACGGUUGGUGGUGGAGGUUGAGCAUCUGUCUGAUGCAUAUGAGAGUUUAGUGAAGAGCUCAUCCAAACGAGAGGCUCUGGAUAAAACCAUGAGGAAUAAACUAGAGGGAGAGAUCAGACGCCUUCAUGACUUCAACAGAGACUUGAGAGACCGUUUGGAAACAGCCAAUCGGCAACUAGCCAAUCAGGAGUUGGAUGGACAAGAGGAUGGAAACUUGUAUCUUUCACUUAGAAGAGAAAGCCUGAAAGAUCUGGAGAAUUUCGAGAAAGAGGCAGCCAGCCUCCGAUCAGCCAAUGAGGAUCAGCAGCGACACAUUGAAAUCUUAGAACAGGCUUUGAAUAAUGCUCAGAGUAAAGCCGUCAGAUUAGAGGAAGAGUUGAGUAAAAAGCAGAUGUAUGUGGAGCGGGUGGAGCGGUUGCAGCAGGCACUAGCACAGCUCCAAGUUGCAUGUGAGAAACGAGAGCAGCUGGAGAAACGUCUGCGUACCCGCCUGGAGAGAGAACUGGAGGCACUGCGAACUCAACAGCGUGCUGGUGUAGGUGUUCCCCUUGCUGUGUGUGAGUCCAGUGCCCCUGCACUGUUGGAUCUGCUGAGGGAGAGAGAGGAGAGGAUUCUGGGAUUGGAGGCUGAUAUGAUGCGCUGGGAGCAAAAGUACUUGGAGGAGAGUGCAAUGAGACACUUCGCUAUGGAAGCAGCAGCUACGGCCGCAGCACAGAGAGACACAACUAUAAUUCAGCAUUCUCGCAGUGGCAGUUACAGUGACGGCUCGCUGUGGCAGCAUGAGGAUGAGAACAGAGCCCAGAGCAGUCGCCGCUGCCAGGAUAUGGAGCAAAGGAUGAAGGACUUGCAUGCUCAGCUGCUGGCGAAAGAUGCCAUGAUUAAAGUCCUACAACAUCGUUCCCGUCGAGAACCUGCCCCUCUGCGCCCUGCCCGCUCUGUGCCCUCCAUUUCUAUAGCGACAGGACUGCAUGCGCGGCAGACCUCACAGACUGAUCGAAGAGAUCAGCACAGCUGGAAGGGCAGUACGAGUGCACUCUUGGGAAAAGACCCAGUAGAGCAAAUCCUCCCCUCUCUGCCCUCUGUUUCACUCUCUGUCUCUUCACUGCUCUCUCCAUCAUUCUCCUCUCUGCCCUCCUCUUUUCCUUCCUUCCUGGCUUCGUCAGGUUCAAGCACAUCUUUAAUAACCUCAUCCUCAUGUCUUCCCCGCUCCAUCCCUCCCUCUUCCUCCUCCAUGUUACCCUUGCCCUCCUCAACCUCUAUCCAGCCUCCUGCAUCUUUCUCUCUUCCCUCCACUCCUCUCCUGUCCCUUCAUUCCAAAUCAGCCAGCAGAGACAGCAGCAGUCAAACAGGCCAGAGUCAACAGACGUUUAGAGCUUUAUCCACCAGAAGACAAGAGAUGAAAGAAUCUCCAUCCACCCAGAGUAAAGCCCUAGAUGGUCGAGCACAGCUGAGUGGAGGACAGAAGCUGCCCGACCUGGACCUGGUGGAGAUCCUCAUCUGAUAGAACAGCCCUGGAAUAUCUGUAGCAUUCCUACAGAAAGCAUAGCAUUCAGAGAGAGAGAGAUUGGGAGAGCAAGGAAGUGUAAAAGAAAAUGUGAGAGAGAAGGAAAGAGAGAGGACAAAAGUACUAAAGUCUUUGUUUAGACCUGUUAUUAAGAUUGCGUUUUGGGCGAUCUGAUCACAAGUGGACGGGCAAGACAUCUGACGCCUAUGCUAAGAUCUGCUAGUGAUCACUGUUACUGCAUGAUAAUAAACCACAAAGUAAAAUAACUAAAAAUUAAACCAAUAAAGCACAUACAUGAUGUUUAGAGCAGAACUCUUGUUUUAGUGCAGUGGUUAAUUGACAAGUAGUAGGCAGUGCUUCACUGUGUCUUCAACGCAUUUGAAUGGUUGAGUUUACACUAUGAGCCCAAUGUGGUCACAUAUGUUUUUGUCCACCUCCGAGUGUGAUUGAAGGGGACAGAUCUCAAAAAGUUUUGGACCGUUUACACCUUUAGUGUCUUAAUUGUCAUCCCAUUUCAAACGGAUCAACCGAAAUGCAUCUUAAUACCAGAUGUAAAAAGGGUCAAAGAGAGCAGAAAAGAGUGAGAAGAGGUGGUAUUGUGCCUCCACCUCAUUAUUAAAGAAAUAUUCUGGAUUCAGUACAAGUUAAGGCAUAAUGUUUAUUACCACAAACAAAUAAUUACGACUCAUCACUCCUUUGAGGUGAGGCACUUACAAUGGAAGUGAAUGGGAACCAUUUUUGGAGAGUUUAAAAGCAGAAAUGUGAAUCUUAUAAUUUUAUAAAAGCACUUACAUUAAUUCUUCUACAUUAAGUCAUUUUAGGGUUUAGGGUUUACAUCGCCAUUGCAAUGAAGAUCUAAAACUGUGUAGAACACUACACACAAAAAAGGUUAAUAAGCGAUUUUAUCACACUAAAAUCAUGUUAACACACAUAUUGUUUAAGUGUUGUGGCUAUACUUUUGAAACAGCAAGUAUUUUGGCAUUUAUAUAUUGGCCGAUUCACUUCCAUUGUUCUCACAAAACCUGUCAAGAAAAUGUUUUGGUAAUAUUUAAACCCAAAUCAAUAGGUUACAAAACAAAAAAAACUAAAAAUUGUUUUCAAUUAUUUUUUGCAUAAAGAAAAUGAAACCUACAUUUAGGACUAAUAUUUUUUGGCAUCGUGACAUUAUUUUCUAGUUGUUUACAAUCAUGAUUCGCCAUUAGCGUAAUACAGAAAAUAUAUAUAUAUAUAUAUAUAUAUAUAUAUAUAU